GCCCCGGGAGCCGAGCGCCUGCACCUUGCGUGCGCGGGAAACAGCUGGUGAAGGAGUACCUGCUGUGAAUCCAGACAAUAGCCUGAUACUACCCUUGCUAGCCAGGCAAUCUUGGAACCUGCUGUAAUGGCCGGUAGUGAGGCUGAUGAGCCGUCCUUGAGGACUGGAAGUCCAGAUGGGGAAGGUCAGGUCUCUCAGGACCGACGGUUGCUCCAUCAGAGGCUGGCCAUCAGGGAGCUCGUGGACACCGAGGGCUCCUACGUGCACAUGCUGCAGCUCUGUGCCUCGGACAUCCGCAGCCGCCUCCAGCAGCUGCCACAGGAAGAUCUGAAUGUCCUGUUCUCAAACAUUGAUGAUAUCAUCAAGGUGAACAGCAGAUUUCUUCAUGAACUGCAAGAGGCAGACUCCAGGGAAGAGGAACAAGUGAAUCUAAUUGGUAACUUAUUCCUGGAAUAUCAAGAGGAGUUGGAGCGGGUCUAUAAGGUCUACUGUGUCAGCUACAACCAGGCCUUGCUGCUGGUGGAGACCUACCGGAAGGAGCCAGAGCUGCAGCGGGAGAUCCAGGGCAUCAUCGAGGCAGUGGUGCCGCAAGCUGGAGCCUCAGGCCUCAGUUUUUUACUGGUGAUACCUCUGCAGAGGAUUACCAAGUACCCAUUGCUGCUGCAGAAAAUCCUGGAGAACACACUCCCUGAUGCCAGUGCCUACCCCAUCCUUCAGAGGGCUACCUCUGCCCUCCAGGAGGUGAACGCCAACAUCAAUGAGUACAAGAGGCGCAAAGAAGUGGCCUCCAAGUACACCAAGGUGGAGCAGCUAAGCCUUCGGGAGCGGCUGGCUCGCAUCAACACUCACACUCUUUCCAAGAAGACAACCCGGCUGAGCCAGCUGCUGAAGCAGGAGGCAGGGCUGGUGCCCAGGACAGAAGACAAGGAAUUCGAUGACUUGGAAGAGAGAUUCCACUGGGUGGCGCUGUGUGCAACUGAGCUGAAGAACAACGUGGCUGCUUACCUGGACCAUAUGGAGGCUUCCCUCUGCUUCAGGCCACAUGAAUACGGUCUGGACAUCCCCGAGGGGCCUGUGGCACAGUACUGCCACCUGGCGAGAGACCUUCAGCUUGGAGCCUUCCUGGAGUUGAAGCAGCGGCUGGAAGGCCUCGUGUGGCAGCCACUGUGCAGUCUGACCAAAGCCCUGGCUGGCCCUCAGAACCUGAUCAAGAAGCGCCUGGACAAACUACUGGACUUUGAACGGGUGGGAGAGAAGCUGUUAGAGGUGGGCAGUGUGACCUACAGGGACGAGGAGGCCCGGCACACGUACCAGGCACUCAACUCCCUGCUGCUGGCCGAGCUCCCGCACUUUAACCAGCUGGCCACGCAGUGGCUGGGCCAGAUCCUGCGCACAUUCGUGGCACUCCAGAGAGACUUUGCAAAGCAAGUGCUGCAGAGGGCAGAGGGCAGCUUGGCCCAGCUGCCCCACCACCUCCUCUCUGAGCCUGCCUUCAGGAAGCUCAUGGAAGACGUGCUUGGCCAGACCGGUGACCAGCUGCGCUCCUUCCAAGAGAACUUUGAGAAAAUGCUUCCACCUUCCACCAUACAACCACUCCUUCCAGGGGCCGAGCGCCAGGUGCAGGCCCUCCUGAGCAGGUAUGGGCCGGGAAAGCUGUACCAGGUGACUAGCAGCAUCAGCGGGGCUGCGACACUGGACCUGACUCUGCCACGGGGCCAAAUCGUGGCCCUCCUUCAAAACAAGGAUACCAAAGGCAAUAGUGGCCGCUGGCUGGUGGACACCGGAGGACAUCGGGGGUAUGUGCCAGCUGGGAAACUGGAGCUGUACCAUGUGGUCCCUGGUGAAGAGUCGCUCAGAAGGCAGGCGGGGCCACACAAAGAUUUCCGACAGCCAACACCAGAGCCUACCCCGGUCCCAGUCCCCUCUGUCCCAGCUGUGACCCAGGUGGUGGCAGUAUACCCCUUUGUGGCCAGAAGCAGCCACGAAGUGACCGUGCAGGCAGGCCAGCCAGUGACUGUCCUGGAGGCCCAGGACAAGAAGGGGAACACGGAGUGGAGCCUUGUGGAAGUGAACGGCCAGAGGGGAUAUGUGCCUUCCAGCUUCCUGGCCUGGGCCCCAAGUCCAGCUCCCUGGGGCUGGAGUCUGCCCUCUUAGGGUGCCCUCUUGGAGCUCACAUUGCCACCGGCAUGGGGAAGGCGUAUGAACUGUCACCCUGGGAGGGUAAAGGAACAAAGAAGAGAUGGGUGUGGAAGGGAAGGGCAGGUCAGGGCUGGAGAAAGGGCACCCAGGAGGCUGCCAGAAGAGGUGGGUGGACCUUCCAGAGUACGGCUUGGGUGGGCACAAAAGGCCCUGUGGCGUUCCCAGGCUCCAGCCGGGAGCUCCCAUUAUGUCCACAUAAGGAAGUAGUUCCCACCUGGGGUCCCAGCACCCUGGCCGGCAGGUUCUAGCUGACUGGCCAGGACAUGUACACGGCACAUGGCCAACAUUACCAUUGCCUGCCCAUUGGAGAGGUUGCCCAGAUGACAGUUACCUGUCUGCUGUGUGGUCUCAGGGAGGGGAGCUGGGGAAGUCAAGAGCUGCUUGGCCUGACAGUUCAUUCCCUAGAUGUAGUAUCAGGAGACACCAGAGUUGAGCAGUCGCCUUUUAUUUCUCCAUGCUGGGAGCCAAAUUAUCUUGGCAGCGAACCGCUGGGCGCCCUCUCAAGGGGGGCGCUGUGGGUGGGGUUCCCAGGAGACUCGGCUGGGCACUGGGUGAGGUGUGGUCAAGUCACAGUUCUGGAAUGUGUGUGGGCCCAUGCAGAAGCUGUUCCAGGGAAGAAGGGAUUUUGAGGGUGCAUGGGGCUGUUGGCAGCAGCUGUACGCUGUAGCUGCUUUCUCUGGAUGAGGAGCCAAAGUGGCAUGCAAAUCAUAGAGGAAACUCUGUGAAGUAGAUGAUUAAAAGCCACCUGGGUGGGGAAGGUUAGGUAAUGGCUCAGGUAGGUUUCCUGUUUCUGGGGCAAAGGGGAACCAGCAGGAAAUCCCCGGUGGCUUCAGGAAGCAGCGGAAGGCCUGGGGGAGCAGAGGAGCAAUAUGAUGGGUUGGCUGUGGAGGCUUAGACAUGUGAGACAACCUCAGGUCUCCCACCAUAAAGUCCUCCCUCACCAUGCUGGGGUGAGAAUGACUUGAGGCUAAGGAUGUGGAGGCUCCUUGUAACUGUGAAGUGAGAAACAAAUGUAAAUUACCCUUGGUGGUAGGUUGCAACAGCAUCCCCUGGCCCAGGCACGCAAGCACACAUGCACCACUCCCUGUUCCCAUGGGCAGGGCAGGCAUUGUUUGUCUACAUGGCGCCCUUUUCCAUAAACCCAGGUUCCACCUCAGGAUCCUUCUCGAUACUGCAUUCCAGCUUGCCAAUCUCUUGAACUUGGUAAACAAGAUCAAACCUAUUUGCCGUCCCUCUCUAGAACCUGGAAAUUGAUGCUCCUCAAAAAAGUUUCUCUUUGGGGAAGACUGACCCACUGGAGCAAUUUUGGGUUGCUGUUGGAUCAUUAUGUCUAGGUUGUAUGUUGCUUUGGGCUCAAAGCCAGUGCAAGCUUCACAGAAGGGGGAAAAGGUGAUCCAGUGUGGGCUUUUGUAUAAAUUACAGUUUGGAACCAACCCAAGUUAGAGUGUGUGUGAAAACAGGUGGCAGUUUAGACUUAUUUCCAAGAACAUUUCCAUGUUAUUAUAACCAUAGUGCCUAAAGCCAUUAGCGCUGGUUUUUGAAGGGCUUUUAAAAAUUAUAUACAUGUCUGUGUCAGUUUGUAAUUUACCUGCUCUGGGCUUGUUAAAGCAUGAAUACCCUUCAUAAUACAAGAGAAAUUCAGUGCCCACAAUCCCUUUCCCAGCUCCAUAAUCUGCUUUACAAGGUACUGUGGACUCAUUUUGCUUUCUCUUUCCUGCUCAGAUUUCCCAUAAAAACAGGAAGCCUAGGGGAGCAGAAAGUAAAACAGGCAAUCCAUCUGUGGGUUCCACAGAUGCCUACUGAGCGCCUGCUUGUGCUCGCAUCACUAGGCUCCAGCUCAGCGGCUCUCAGUCCCUGCAGUCACCUGGGGAGCUGUAAGCCUGGCUCCCACUCCAGAGAUGCUGACGUCAUGUGUCUGGGGUGUGGCCUGGGCCGAGGGGAGGUAGAAAGCUCCCCAGGGGCUUCUAAUGUGCGGUCAGGGUUGAGAACCUCUGCUCUGGAGAUGCCAUAAUGGCUGCCUGAGAUAGACCUGGGGUCCGAGAUGGCUGUGAGCUGUUAGCAAGCCCAUGCCCUGCUUGAGCUUGGUACCAGAUGUUUCGAAAGUCUUCUGCUGAACAGACAGCUUUAGAGGCGGUUUUCAACAGGAUAGCCUGUUCUGUCAGGUCCCAGAAUGUGUAUUUAUUAAGUGCCAUUAAAAGGGAGCUGAACACAAAUUGGAUGUUCUUGUGGGCAUGAGGGAGAGAACUAAAUAUGCUCAGAACCAAGUCUAUCUCAUGAAGGGCAAAUAAAAAUGUAUUCCAUAGCAUGUGGGUUAUAGUUUCUCAUAGACUAGGGAAUGAGAUUAAAAGCCACCGAAGGGUGAGCAAAUGCAUAUUGAGAAGAUGGAGAAUGGCCUGAAUUUUCUCCAGGGAGCUCUGCAUAAUGUGCCUCCCCCCCACCCAAUGCCUAGAACCACUACACUGUGUCUUAUUUAUUUAUUACACUGUUAGGCUGUCACAUGCUAAAUUUGCUAAGAUUUUUGUCUGUGAACUGAACAAGAGUUUGGGGUGUUGAAGACUGAUUCACAAGGGUGCCCGUUGCUCCCCGUAAUGGAGCAAGUCCUCUUUAACCCUUUGGGCCCCAACCCAGUUUGGGCCGUGAAGACCAGAUUACAGUACCAAAGAAAGAUGAAAGAAUGCUUGGUUAAUCUGAGGAGCACUAGCUCAGUGAGUCACCCAUGUGAAUUGCCGGGAAUAAAGGACUUCAAAGAUGAAAA